AUGGAAUCUUCAGGAAAGGGCAAAACGGUUCUAGUCACAGGCGGUUCUGGUUUCGUCGCCGCGCAUAUCCUGAAUUCCUUCCUCUCUCGAGGCUACAACGUCAAAACCACAGUUCGGAGUGACUCAAGCGCUGAGAAGAUAAAAAAGUCACACGCCAAAUAUCUCUCUCAGAUCUCAUUUGCCAUUGUGCCCGAUGUAGCUACACCAGGUGGUCACGAUGAAGCCGUGAAAGGUGUUGAUGGAGUAAUCCACACAGCCUCCCCCUUCCAAAUGAAGGUCGAAAACAACGAGCGAGAUCUUCUGGACCCGGCAAUCAAGGGAACAAUGUCAGUUUUGACAUCCAUCCAAAACCACGCUCCCAACGUAAAGCGUGUAAUCAUAACCUCCUCCUUCGCAUCCAUCAUCGACAUGAACAAGAACCCGCGGCCAGGAUACACCUACACCGAAAACGACUGGAACCCCGUGACCUACGAGGAAGCCGCCUCUUCCUCCGCCUCUGGAGAAAUAGCCUACUUGGCCUCUAAGACUUUGGCCGAGAGAGCAGCAUGGGACUUCGUUGCGAAAAACAAGCCGAAUUUUCAGCUGGCGACGAUAUGUCCGCCCAUGGUUUAUGGACCUGCGUUUCACACCAUCUCGAGUUUGGAGCAUUUGAAUACCAGCUCGGCGGAUAUUUAUCGCCUGAUGAAUGGCUCAGAGAAGGCGGUCCCGAAGACGCAAUACUAUGCGUUUUGCGACGUGAGGGAUGUGGGGGAGGCGCAUGUCAGGGCAUAUGAGACGCAUGAGUCGGCGGGACAGAGGUAUUUCUGUACGGCUGGGGGCUAUACAUAUCAGCAGGUUUGCGAUAUUAUCCGAGAGGACUUUCCUGAGAAAAAAGCAUUGGUUCCGGAGGGCGAGGCUGGCGAUCCAGUGGAUAGGUAUAAAGUUGAUAACAGCAAGAUAAAGAAGGAAUUGGGGAUGACGUUCAAGGAUCUUAAGACUUGUAUCGAUGAUCAGGUCAGAGAGUUCAUUGAGAUUGAGAAGAGGGCGAAAGCUUGA